AUGCAUGACAGGGAAUACGGUAACGGCAAUGGUAUCGGUCACGACAACGCCAUCGGCAAAGGCCACAGCAACGGCAACAGCCACCCAAUCGGCAACGGUAACGGCAUUAGUAACUUCUUGAACGGUUUUGCCAACGGUAACGACAUCGGAAACGGACUUGGCAACGGCCAUGGCAUGGGCAAUGGGCAUAGCAAUGACAACGGCAACGUUAAUGGGAACGGAGCGAAGGGGAAAAAGAUGAAACCAAUGGAAAGUGAGGUGCUGAGAGAGCAAGGUCACAUAAUGGUUGAUUUUAUUGCUGAUUAUUACAAAAACCUUGAAGACUCCCCUCAGGAUUUCCCUGUUCUUUCCCAAGUUCAGCCCGGUUAUCUUCGUGACAUGUUGCCUGAUUCAGCACCUGACCACCCUGAAACGUUGAAAGAACUUCUCGACGACGUUUCGAAGAAGAUAAUACCGGGGAUAACUCAUUGGCAAAGCCCGGGUUACUUUGCGUACUAUGCAUCAAGCACGAGUGUGGCCGGAUUCUUGGGGGAGAUGCUCAACGCCGGCCUGAGCGUCGUCGGUUUCACAUGGCUCACUUCUCCGGCCGCCACUGAGCUCGAAGUCAUUGUUCUUGAUUGGCUUGCCAAAUUGCUCCAACUCCCCAACGAUUUUCUCUCCACAGGGAAUGGAGGAGGAGUGAUACAAGGGACAGGAUGUGAAGCAGUGCUUGUGGUAGUAUUAGCUGCUAGAGAUAAAAUUUUGAAGAAAGUCGGCAAAACUUCACUUCCUCGACUUGUUGUCUAUGCAACCGACCAAACCCAUUCUAGUUUCCGAAAGGCUUGUCUGAUUGCUGGAGUACAUGAAGAAAACAUUAGGCUGCUCAAAACAGAUGCUUCCACGAACUAUGGAAUGCCUCCAGAAUCACUUGAAGAAGCUAUUUCUAGUGACCUCGCUCACGGAUUUAUCCCUUUCUUCAUCUUGGCUACUGUUGGCACAACUUCUUCAGCUGCAGUUGAUCCUUUGGUCCCAUUGGGUAAAACCGCAAAGAGCUACGGGAUAUGGAUGCACGUGGAUGCAGCUUAUGCGGGGAGUGCAUGUAUAUGCCCAGAAUUUCGCAAAUUCAUUGACGGAAUUGAAAACGCAGACUCCAUGAACAUCAAUGCUCAUAAAUGGUUAUUUGCUAAUCAAACUUGUUCACCACUUUGGGUUAAGGAUAAAUACUCUCUUAUUGAUGCUCUCAAAACAAAUCCCGAAUAUCUGGAGUACAAGGUUCCCAAGAGAGAUGAGGUCGUAAACUUUAAAGAUUGGCAAAUUUCUCUCUCUCGGAGAUUUAGAUCGUUGAAGUUGUGGAUGGUUUUACGGCUGUAUGGAUCCGAGAACUUGAGAGACUUCAUAAGAGACCAUGUCAAUCUCGCCAAGAAGUUCGAAGAUUAUGUAGCUCAGGAUCAACGUUUUGAGGUUGUCACGACUCGUUACUUUUCACUCGUUUGCUUUCGCCUUGCGCCUGUCGGCGGUGAUGAAGACACGUGUAACGAACAUAACCGUGAACUGCUUGCCACGGUUAACUCCACCGGCAAAAUCUUCAUCUCACACACGGCACUGUCGGGAAAGUUCAUUUUACGAUUUGCUGUUGGUGCACCGUUGACGGAGGAGAGGCACGUCACUGAAGCAUGGCAAACUAUAAAGAAGCUUGCCUCCAAAUUCAACCGCAACGGCAAUUAUUGA